AUGACAGACUCAAACAACAACCCCAUAAACCCAGACUAUGACCUCGACAAGCCCAUAACCUCAAAAGUCGGCCUCCGUCAAGGCCUCGCAUCAUACGGCGACCCUCACUUCUCCCUGUUCCUACGCAAAGUCUUUAUCAAAGCCCUCGGCUACAGCGAAGAUGCCCUCUCACGGCCAAUCAUCGGUAUUGUCAAUACAUACUCCAGCUUCAACCCUUGUCAUGCCAAUAUCCCCCAGCUCAUUGAUGCUGUGAAAAGAGGUGUGCAGCUCAACGGGGGGUUGGCGAUUGACUUUCCCACUAUUAGUAUCCAUGAGUCGUUUUCCUCGCCGACGAGUAUGUAUUUGAGGAAUUUGAUGAGUAUGGAUACUGAGGAGAUGAUUGCGGCGCAGCCUUGUGAUGCUGUUGUUUUGAUAGGAGGAUGCGAUAAAACUACACCUGCUCAGCUGAUGGGUGGUAUUUCUGCAAACAAGCCUAUUCUCCAUCUCGUCACUGGUCCCAUGAUGCCCGGUAGUCAUCGUGGAGUACGCAUCGGAGCUUGCACCGACUGUCGCAACAACUGGGCCAAGUACAGAGCUGGAACUCUAGACAUUGAAGACAUAACAGCUAUCAACGAUGAACUAGCUCCAACUGGUGGAACGUGUGGAGUCAUGGGAACAGCAUCUACCAUGGCAGCCAUACUCGUUGGUCUCGGAAUGAUGCCUUUUGCUGGUGCCACAGCUCCAGCUGUAUCAGCCUCGAGACUCCGAAUCGCAGAAGCAACUGGUGGUUUAGCUGUAGCUGCGUGCAAAGAUGUUGAACGACUGCGACCACAGGCGUUACUGACACGAGAAUCUUUCUUGAAUGCGAUUACUGUUCUGCAGGCAAUUGGUGGUUCGACUAAUGCUGUGGUUCAUCUCAUGGCUAUCAUCGGACGGCAUCCUAAGGUAGCGGGGACCAUCACGUUGGAUACUGUUGAUGAGAUCGGUCGCAAAACACCGUUGUUGGUUGAUCUGAAACCAAGCGGUGAUAACUACAUGACCGAUUUCCAUAACUCAGGCGGCAUGCUCGCUUUGUUCCACCAGCUCAAACCCCUUCUUCAUCUCGACGCUCAAACAGUCACCGGUCGAACCCUCGGCGAAGAAAUCGCCCACCAAUCCCUCAUCCCCGUGCCCCAAGAACUAAGCGUCAUCCAACCAUUCGACAAACCCCUGUAUCCAGCAUCUUCCCUCGUCGUCCUCCGAGGCAAUCUAGCCCCAGGCGGCGCCGUCAUGAAAGCAAGCGCCUCCAAGUACCGAAACCUCCUCCAGCACACAGGUCGCGCAGUCGUGUUUGCCAACUCUGCAGACAUGGCCGAGCGAAUAGACGAUCCCGAUCUAGACGUUACUCCCGACAGCGUUCUCGUUCUCCAAAGUAUCGGGCCUAUCGGAAAUCCUGGUAUGCCGGAGGCAGGCAUGAUUCCCAUCCCGAGAAAGAUUGCUGCGCAGGGUGUUUUGGACAUGCUGCGGUUGUCGGAUGGUCGUAUGAGUGGCACGGCUGGCGGGACGAUUGGACUUCAUAUAUCGCCUGAAUCAGCGGAUCCGAAAUCACCGCUUGGUAUCGUCAGAGAUGGCGAUGUUAUCACAUUGGAUGUUGAGAAACGCAGUUUAUCUGUUGACUUGUCUGAUGAAGAGAUUGCCCAAAGAAUUGAAGAGAAGGUCAAGAGUUUUGAGCAGAAGGAUGAGGAACCGUGGGUUAAGAGGGAGGGUAUGAGAGGAUAUCGAGGAUUGUACAUGCGAAGUGUGAAUCAAGCAGAGCUAGGUGCAGACUUUGACUUUUUGACAGCUCAAGGGCCUCAAAGGUAA